AUGUUAUUCCGGAGGCUCAAGCGCGGCGAUGCCCUCCGCAGUUAUUGCUGUAGUCUGCGAUUACUGAACCUUGCGAGCGAAGCGCGUGACACUCUAACGAAGCAACUUGGAGCUCUCAAGGAGGAAUGCAAAGGACAAGGACUUGAUUUGGCGGAUAUGAAUGAUGCCUCCCGCACCGCAAUGCGUUCACUUCAAGAAGGUCUCAAACGCGCUAAUAUCGACGACGAAUCUUUUAAAGGAAAAUGCACUACCCUCUCCGCCUCCCUAAAAGCGUACACGUCUCGCUUAACGAAUCUUCAAAACGAGGCCCGUUCCAUUCAAGCAGAAGCCGAUGCCCUUCUUCGCCUCAUAUGGGGGACGGAAGCAGCAACAAAACCUGCUUCAUUUGCCUCUCCUCCGUGCUCUACAGAAACACCAGUUAUGGAAUCGGAAAAGGAUGAAACGCGUGGUGAGGGGAGUGACUUUGAUGUGGAGCCACCCAAAAUUGUUGAGGUGUUGAGUGGCGGCGCUCCUGCAGUUGAAAAGGUUGAAGCGGAGCGUGUAAUGCCUACUGAGGAUAUGGCUUCGAGGAAUCAUGAGACGCAGGGGAAAUGCGUGGAGGAGAUUGAGGUGGAAACAAUUGAAGUGGAGGUAGAACCCCAGGAGAGUCCAGCGGAUACGAUGAAAAUAACUGAUAUUACAAAGGAAUUGUACGAAAAGGGUGUGAAUUUCUCUGACUGCCUCGACGCUCAGUCACUACGGCAGAGGUAUAGGGAUGUGCUGUCAGGAAGGAUUCCACCAGGUAUUCAAGCGGGCUCUACAAGUAAGAAACCCCUUGAUUUGGAAAUGAAUAAACACCAACCCCGAAUGCCAUCGAAUAAUUCCCACACCAACCAGAGGCAGUACCAACAGCAAAACAAUACUACAGAGUCGGGAAUUGCUCAUGACCCUUACCCCAACGCGUAUCGAAAAAUGGUUGACCCCAUGAAGCAUGUGUGGGAGCUGAAAAAUGAGCUUGCAGCUGAGAAGGGUAUUGAUCCUAGUUCUGUGGAUCUCUGGAGCGGAAAGACAAAACUUGAGGACCAUAAGAUGUUAUACGAUUAUCCCUCCGUACAGAGUUAUCCCAUUGAGGUUCGUCAGAGGGGUGACAUUCCUCGAUGA